AUGUUUGUUUGCAGCUUUGAAAAGACGCCAUUUUACAUUGAGAAUGGCGAGAUGCGCGAUUAUCAGAUCCGUGGUCUAAAUUGGCUUAUUUCGUUGCAGCAUAACGGCAUCAACGGAAUUCUUGCCGACGAAAUGGGUUUGGGCAAGACGCUGCAAACUGUAGCACUGCUUGGUUUUAUGAAGCAUUAUAAAAACGCCUCGGGCCCACAUCUGGUUAUUGCGCCGAAAUCGACACUGCAAAACUGGAUCAACGAAUUCGAGAAGUGGUGUCCCUCUCUGAAAGCCGUCGCUCUUAUUGGCAUUGCUGAAGCACGCGCUGAUUUGAUACGUAACGAGAUUUUGCCUGGUAAGUGGGAUGUGCUGGUGACAUCAUACGAAAUGGUACUGAAAGAGAAAUCACUUCUGAGGAAGUAUGUUUGGAAGUUCCUUGUCAUUGACGAGGCGCAUCGUAUCAAAAAUGAGCACUCGAAGCUAUCGGAAAUAGUUCGCGAAUUCAAGUCCAGGCAUCGCCUUUUAAUUACUGGAACACCGCUACAAAACAAUCUCCACGAAUUAUGGGCGCUUCUGAAUUUUCUUCUGCCUGAUAUGUUCGCGCUGGCCUCCGAUUUCGAUUCAUGGUUCACGACCAAUGAUAUGAUGGGAAAUCAGGAUCUUGUAUCUCGCUUGCAUAAGGUUUUAAAACCGUUUUUAUUACGGCGUUUGAAAUCGGAUGUCGAAAAAACGCUUCUUCCAAAAAAAGAAGUGAAAAUCUACGUUGGUUUAUCGAAGAUGCAGAGAGAAUGGUUGCUUUUAUUCAUUCUCAGUUCUCGCUUCAUUCAUUUAAAAGUGAAGGCUCAGUCAAGUUAA